UACCCUCCGGAGCAGCGUCUGUAAAGAUCGGAGUUGUGUCUGUGCGUGCAAAGCAUCACUGAUUAAUCGGCAAAUAUGUCUGACAAACCAGAUAUGGCUGAAAUCGAGAAAUUUGAUAAGUCUAAGUUGAAGAAGACAGAAACGCAAGAGAAGAACCCACUGCCUUCAAAAGAAACAAUUGAACAGGAGAAGCAAGCGGGUGAAUCGUAAUGAAAUCAGCCGUUCCAAAUUAUGCACUGUACAUUCCACAAGCAUUGCCUUCUUAUUUUACUUCUUUUAGCUGUUUUAACUUGGUAAGAUGCAAAGAGGUUGGAUAAAGUUCAAAGGACUGUACUGCCCCUUUCACAUCCAAAAACGAA